CGGGGAGCUAGAACCUUGAAUUAUACAGAAAAACACGAAACACUGUUCCAGUCAACUAGUCCCGCUAUGAGAGCCUCUUUUCUGAUUAGUCGAAAGCAGCCGUGGAUGGGGCAGCUGCUGCUCAUGGCCAGGAACAAGGCCCUGACGCUCCUGCUGAAACUGUAUAGGCGGACGCCUAUCUUCAGACCGCGACACCUGCCAGGAACGAAUCGGACCCAGAGUGGUGGAACUAUCCGCGAUAGAACGAUCUGGCCCUCUGGCAAAAACACGAAUCUUCCCUGUCGUUUUCCCCAACUAACUAUGUUUGGCGACCUCGUGCAUCUGGAUGUGUUAAGAGAGGACGACUUCCUCAAUGAGGACAGCGAUGUGGAAUUCGGAGCGGACGGAGAAGUUCUUCUGGACAUGCACAGUCGGCGGAGACAGGGUAACUUCGAGCUGGCUCUAAUGGCGGGUGGACAACUGGACGUGGACUCCGAGGAAGAUGAGGAAUACGACGAGUGGGACUGCGAAGGAUGUGUGCGUGAAAUGCCUCUUAAUUUGAUUGGAAAACAUAAACGAGUUGGCUUCAAAAAGCUCUCACAGAAGCUCCGUUCGGACGUAGGCUGCCCCGGGAUAAAAGCCAGUGCCACCCAACGCCACCCACCAACACCCACAGUUUGGGGCAGUGGCUGGCUCUCAUCAGGAUAUGCAGAUAACUGUACCGCACACAUUCUUAUGCAUGCAAGUAUGUAUAUCACGGCACAUAUGUACAGGGCAGAGUUUAAGCCCGUUGUCGCUGUCGCUGUCGUUGUUGUUGCUUAAUUUACAGCCUUAUGU